AAAAUUUCUAUAGCUGAGACACCUUUGUCCACAAAUAUUUCCUCACCAUCAGAUGCUGUCGUGUCAGUUGGCCGCAUUCCUUCUGCAGCAAAGUCCAGUCCUACUUCUCUUAUAAGCACCACUGGUCAGUCCCAGCCUUGCUGCGGUCAAGAGACUGGUAGCAAGGUAUCAACUGUUUCCAAGUUGCAAGUAGGUUCCUCUUAUUCGCAAAUGCACAGAAAUACUGUUCCUGCUUCACAGUCGCCAUCUUCUGGUCAGAUUGGCAAGACUGUUUCCACAUUCAACGCUCUUCUACCUGGUGACCAUAACGACACAUUGCGCUACGUACAAUCAGUGAUUGAGCGCGUCAAGGCUGAAAGUGUGGAGGAGACACAGCAGCAUCAUCAACACCAUCACCAUCAACAGCAUCAGCAACAACAUUCACAUAUAUUACCAUCUGCCAACACUUCUUCAGGCGUGUCCUGCAGCAGAUCAACUUCUCAAUCUUCAGGCACUUCUUCCGUUCGAGCAGGUGUUGAACGGACUACGGUUGGCUACAAUUUGUCGAGCAAGACGACUGGAAAGUUGGCCUCUCGUUCUCCCUUUUGUAUGGUUAACACCGCCACAACCACAAGCAGUAGCAAUACUAACAUCAACAUCAACACACCCAUCGCCACGGUUUCAAAUCUCUCUUCCGUCAGUCUUGUCGGCAGCAGUGUUCCAGGCUCAUCUACCUUGCUUACGCUUCCUUGCAUUCCCGGCGUAAAUGCUUGUGCUCCACUCAACCAGCAGCAGCAUAAUUGCAAUUCGUUUUUAUCCGCCUCGGCUUCUGGCUCAAUCUCUGCAUCUGGGCAUAGCUCUGAUCCUGGUUCUCUAAUUCCUAGCUCAGUCAGUAAAACCGCUCCUGGACAAUGCACUAUUAGCGGUAAAAAUUCUGCUAUCGGCUCAUCUGUUACGGUUUCUCACACAUCGAUAAUUGUUCAGCCGGCGUCUAUAUCCAGUACACGAUCAUCUGCAGAAUCUCCGUUAAAUGGACCCCUAGCUCCUGUGACCAUUGCCCAGACUUCCACUAGUCGCCGACGACGACGAUCGGAAAUAGCAAAAACCGGUUCUUUAGUCUGCGCCCAACAGAGUGGGCCGGUUCACCAAAUCCCCUCGAUCUCUAAUGGGUCUGAUGACUACUCAUCUGUAGAACAAACUUUGAGGGAUAAACAGAUAUCUCCUUUGCAGCCUUCAUCGUCCACUUCGGCUAUUUCUUUGGACGGAUCAGCUAAUGAGAUGUCCCGAGGCGCAAUCACUCGAGCCAAGCGACUCCAAUUACCUACUGUUUGUAGCCACGGUAUUUCAAUCUCUGGGCAGCCUAGUAUUUCUUCAAGUCCUGGACUGACUGCAGGUUGCUUACCAUCCUCAUCUGGUCGAUUAGAUUUGCCUUCGGUGGCAGAUCCAUACGAGCCCAACUUUGACGAUGAUCUUGAGGUCAAUACAUGCCUGGAGACACUGCAUCAUCACGAAAAAUCGGCCCAGUCCUGCUCUGGUACAUCAGCGGCCCAGGCUAGUAAUACAAGUCCCACUCUAGCUGGUGGUGUCAACACUCUCGCUCCCUCAAUCAGCUCAACAGCUUCUACGGCUCUCAUGACCACGGUUCCUCCAACAAACCAGCACUUUUCAUCGUUUGUCAGCAGCCCCAUCACAUCCGCUUUGCCCCGGCUUUCAGAUACGACGUCAGACAUUCAGCUUGGUAUUUCAGGCCUGGCUACUUCCUCUGAUAGACCUAAUGAUGGUAACAGUUGUCUUACCAGUAAUAGUUCUGCAGUUACAAAUGUUCGCUUUCCAGUGACAUUGAAUAUUUCAGCUUCUCGCGGCCCGAUCGGAACGACUUGCGUUGAUCUUACUGAUCCAAAAUUCGACCUGCCAGAUUAUUCAGCCUCUGACACUUGUCUAUUUGCUAACUCCUCCACAUCAUCAGCGGCCUCUUUCACACCCUCGGUAACAGCCUCCAACGGAACAAUUUCGUUGAUAACUCAGAAUGGCGAUGCGAUUUCAGUUCUUCCAAGCCACCACUCACCCACUCCCACCGUUUGCACGCCUUCAGUACCAGCAAUGCCGAUUUCCUCAGUAAAUACCUCUUUUGCCUCGCCACUCAUGGCUAAAAUUUCAACACUCACUCCUAAAGCUUUUACGUCUGGCGGCCAAACUCAUACUUCCACACCACUUAUUCUCCCUUUCGGUACUCUUGAGUCGAAUACUUCUGGUAGUCCGUGCGGUAAUAGACGGGCUGAUGUUGAUCUCUGUAGCGUAACGACGACGACGACCUCUACGAUUAUACCAAUUUCUAACAAUAACAGUACCACUGAUUCACUUGCAGCAACCAAUGCUGGUAGACCUCUACUCACUUCCUCGAAUGUGUCUGCGCACACUGCCAGCAUAGCUACCACUAAGCCCACGGCAUGUGUUGACACCGUGGACGAGGUUAUUCGUGAUGUGUGCGCUGGCCAGUUCGAUAUGAAGUCAUAUCUAGACAACUGGCGAGGACUAUCUCCAGCACCACAACCACUUAUCUCCACGACCUCAGUAGCGUCCACUGUUCCGUCAGUCUCUGAGAAACUUGGUAUUCAAACAACUUCUGUUGCAUCUUCCGCGUGCUCUCUCACUGGAGCUUCAAUUCCAACGAUGUCUAUUGCCUGUAGUGUUGCCAGUAGGGCCAUACCAACUUCACUUAGUCGGGUCUCUAGUCCCGAGCCUUCCACGUUAUAUACUCCCUCUCCUUCUUUGAUAGGAAAUGUAACCUGCCCGAGUAAAUCAACAGGUCUGCAGAACAGAACACCAUUACAGCCACAAAAUUUGCUUAAGCAGCAAGUCUCUUCUCCUUUGGCUUCAGUUCUCCCUGGUUCUACUUCCAUUAUCUCAUCGGCUGGCAAUACUGUUGUACCUUCUGGUUGUUUGGGUUCUGUGUCUUCGGCAUCCUUGAUGCUCGGCCCAGGUCUUUCCUCAAAAGCGCCAAAUAAUUCGACAUCCUGUAUUCUGACUGCCUCAGCAAAUGGUGUCAACCUUCCGGCUGCUGCUGCUCGCCUCUGUCCACCUGUUGGUCCUACUGAACAGCUGGUCGCCGUCGCGACCAUCCCCUCAUCAGCUGGUGCGAAUGUCGGUGCUAUGGCUGGGACAAGUGCUAAUGGUUUGGGUCCUGCUGGUGGCGUUACAGCGACGUUGACUGGCUCAUCAUCGAGUGGCACCUCCGGUCUUAGCACCGGUAACAAUCUGAUUGCCACCCUACUCUCCGCGUUGCAGCUGAUACCUGGCAGCCAAGUGACUACGACAGUAACUGAUGCAGCUGGACUUGUUGGACAGACUCUUGGUGGCGGCCCGACGACUAUAUCUGCGACUACGAUCACACUGCCCGUCAGCGCUGCCGGCAAAGCAGCAGCCAGUAUCAAGGUACCUACAUUUUUUAGCUUCGCUUCUGUGCAUCUUAUAUUUUUAGUCGACACCCGCUGUCUUAUUAGAAUCGUUGGGAAAGUGCAAUACGGCCUCCAGAUUUCUGUCGGUUUUUUUAUCCGGCUUCAAAUUUCUUAUUGUGAUAAAUCCAUGUUUUUGAAGAACUAUUGA